AUGUUUGUAAUUAUUGUCAUCAAAAUCUUAGAGAUGGUGAAAUACUGAUCUGCAGCCAUGGGUACCAUUUUCAAUGCUAUCAAAAAAUAGAAUUUAGUUGUUAUUCUUGUGAAGAAUAUUACAAGUGCGAAAUAUAUAACAAUGUGAAAUUUUUAGUAAAUAGACUAGAAAAAAGACUAAAUGUCUUAACUGCUGAAGAAAAAGAAGAUAUAAAUAAUGGCGUAGAAGCUCAAGAGGAGGAUCAGGAUUAUUCGACUACAGAAGAAAUAGAAUUAGAUAGAAUUCAAAAAGUAUAUAUGGCCCUUUUAAACGAAAUAAAUCAUGUUAGUACUUGGUAA